AUGGCUGGGUCUGCCUUUCUCUCUCAGUCCUCUAGUUUCCACCCGGCCGUCGGAAGCCAGGCUCCCUUCCACAUGAAGCAGUCUGCGCACUCCUUUGAACGCGAUGCGACGACCAAGCCCAUUGGCACUCCCUUUGGAAACACGCCAUCGCCACCUGGUGCCUCAUCGGUUCUUAUCCGCCGGCUUCCGCUCAACACCUCGGAGGAGCAACUGCGAUUGAUGGCCGUCUGGUCGAAGGAACUAAUGAGCGUCGAAGUCUUGCCGAUCGAACAGUCGGGCGACUCUGGCUUCCGCUCUGCGAUUAUGAACUUCAAAACUCCGGCCGGCGCUCUGGAAGCGAAAUCCAUGCUCGACGGAAAGUCCAACAUUGCAAACGAUGCCGAGAUGAUUGUCGAGAUUCUUUCCGACGCUGCGCUAUCGGCCAGCUCCACUGCGUCAUCUUCUGCGGCAUCGUCCAUUGUCAACUCGCGACAGACGUCGCGCUUCAUACCCGGCGGCGCAACUCCUGAAAGAUCCCGUUGCUUACGCCGAAAAUGGCGCGACGGCGCAAAGGAGAGCGACUGCUCCUCAGAUUCCCAUUUCUCGCAUGGCCGGUCUUUCCCUCAGUACAACCGCAUCAGGCCCUUCUUCUCUCCCGCAGUUCGGGCAUCCCGGUAUCGGCAGCAUCCCAACACACCCCAGCGCCAUGUCACCCCUGAUGGCGACUGGCCCCGGGCGACCCAUGAACUUCCCUCUAAAUUCGCAUUAUCCAAGACACAAUUUUCCUCCCCUGUCAACCCUGCCGACCAGAACCCGCCCUGCAACACACUCUAUGUAGGCAAUCUUCCGAUAGAUACUUCGGAGGAGGAACUCAAGGCUAUCUUUUCCAAGCAGCGAGGAUACAAGCGCCUCUGUUUCCGUACUAAACAAAACGGUCCGAUGUGCUUCGUCGAGUUCGAGGAUGUCUCUUUCGCAACGAAAGCUCUCCACGAACUUUAUGGACAGCCUCUUCACAACAGUGUCAAGGGCGGUAUCCGUCUCAGUUUCUCCAAAAACCCCUAG